GAAAUGAACACUUUCCAUUAUAGCAUUUUUAGUGUCACUUCCAAAAAAUAGCAUCUAGAAAAUGGCCUCUCUCCCUCUCUCCCUCUCUCUCUCACGCUCUCCUUCAACUCUUUUUACUGGAGAUCCCCCCUGCCAUAGUUUUAAGAAUGCUGUCCUCCUCAUACGCGAUCAAGAGAAUCUCUGAUCUUGUUUUUUAAAGCUCGCAACUAAACGAAACGCUGCAUGAGCACUGGACUCGAGGGCCUUCUCGUUGUUCGCGCUUGCUUCCACAAACCUACUGAAGCAAACUAAUUCUCCGAUUUCCCUGUUAAUUUCUGACUGUCCAAAACGCCGAAGCUAAUUGAUUUCCGAAUUUUCAACAAUGCCUUUAAACUGUUGCAUCUGUUUGUGACACAGACUCCGCCUCCAGCAUAAAAAUGCUGACCUGUAUAGCUCGUUCUAAACAACCUGGUGAUGACUCGCUGAGUCAACCCCAUGCCGGCUCAGCCACCACCACCAAUCAUCCCUCCGCUGCCAAACAACACCAAGCCAUCAAAUCCCUCACUUCUCAGUUAAAGGAUAUGGCAUUAAAGGCAUCAGGUGCAUACCGCCACUGCAACCCAUGCACGGUGCCAACAACAACAACAACAACUCAGAGUCGACUCAGGAGCAACUGGACUGCAUCAGACGCAGAGUCGGAGAGAUUCAGGUGGCCGCUGCAGAGGACGGGAAGCUCGAGCUCGAUUACACCGCGUACGUGGGGAAAAGAGAUGGAGGCGAGGCUGAAAGGUAUAUCGAGCUCCAGCGGUGAAGGGACCCCGAAUUCGGUAAAUAGCAGCGGGCGUCGGGUCGACCCGCCGAUAGCUUUCGUGGAAGAAAAGGAGCCUAAAGAAUGGGUGGCCCAAGUGGAGCCCGGUGUACUCAUCACCCUAGUUUCGCUUCCAAGGGGAGGGAAUGAUCUCAAGCGGAUACGCUUCAGUCGAGACAUGUUUAACAAGUGGCAAGCUCAAAGAUGGUGGGCAGAGAACUACGACAGGAUCAUGGAGCUUUACAAUGUUCAGAGGUUUAACUGCCAAGCUUUUCCACUCCCGCCACCCCCAAGAUCCGAGGAUGAGAGCUCAAAGAUGGAAUCUGCAGAAGACAUCCCUGUAACACCACCACUGAAUAGAGAGCGGUUACCUCGUAAUUUGUAUCGUCCAACAGGGACGGGAAUGGGCUACUCAUCCUCUGAUUCACUUGACCAUCACCCAAUUCAGGCUCGUCAUUACUGUGACUCUACUGGUCUCACCUCCACCCCAAAACUCUCUAGCAUCAGUGGAGCUAAGACGGAAACAUCUUCAAUGGAUGCAUCUAUAAGAAGUAGCUCAUCGAGGGAGGCUGAUUGCUCAGGAGAGCUCUCCAUCAGCAAUGCCAGUGAUAUGGAAACUGAAUGGGUUGAACAGGAUGAACAAGGUGUUUACAUCACUAUAAGAGCCUUGCCAGGUGGUAAAAGAGAGAUCAGACGAGUCAGAUUCAGCCGAGAAAGAUUCGGGGAGACGCAUGCCAAAGUGUGGUGGGAAGAGAACCGAGCCAGGAUACAUCAACAAUACAUGUGAUUGAGCAAACACAGUGGCUGCUUGUUCUUUAGAAUGGUGGGGCUCUCUCUCCCUCCCUCCCUCUCUCUCUGCCCGCCAUACCAGUAGAAUCCCUUCCAUAGAUAUCCGAACAGGUGCUGCUGCUACCUCUUGAUUUUGGGUGCCACGUACUCUGUCCUUCUCUCCAAAUUGUGAGUUUACUAGCUUCCUAACAACACUAGCAUGUUGUAGGGGAGGGGAUCCUGGACUUAAAUUAAUAUUUUUAACACUUUCUUUUGAUUAUGGGUUUGGAUGAAGAGCAAUGGUUGUGUAUUUGAAAGUAAUGUGGGUGGUUGACACAUUAGUGUCCGUUUCGAGCUCUAGUAUAAGUUGCUUUUCAUGAAAUUUUAAAUUUAUUUUUUUGUUUUAAA